AUGAAAAAAUGUCUUUCCUUCAUUUUACCAAUCAUCGGAGCUCUUCUAGCUGUGUUUUUGAUAACAGAUAACUAUGAAACAUCUCCGAAACCGAAGCAUUUAGGACCGUUACAGGAAUCGUUACCAGAGGAUUAUUCGUUAGCAAAUCUUCCAUUGCCAUAUGGUAGAUAUAAGCAACCAUUUCCUAACUUAAAUGUUUCGUGGUUACCUUAUUCAAGUUAUUUUUCUCUUAAAAAUUGGCAUUUUUCAUCAUUUUCAACUGAUACAUACUUCAUCAGUUUGGCUGUAGCUAAUUUAAAUUAUUUUGCGAAUGGCUUUGUGUACAUUGUCGAUAAAACAAGUCGAAAUAUUAUUACAUAUUCAUCAGAUUCACCAUUGGCUUUAGCCAUUAAACAAAAAACAACAUCAUCCAUACAUGGGUGUACGCAAUAUUUCAAAUCAUCAAACGAAUAUAUUGACUUGUGUUACGAACAAGACAGUUACCGUAUUAGAACAAAAUUUACUUCAGAUAAUCUUCAAAUAUCAUUAUCAGUGGAAAUGUUUUUAUCUAAAAGUGAAUCAAUGGCGUUGCUCUAUCCUAUUCAACCAGAUCGACCUGCUUAUACUCAUAAAGCUAUGGGUCUACCGAUUACGGGCAAAAUAAAAAUUAAUAAUGAAGAACAAUCUCUUAGUGGAUUAGGAAAUAUAGAUUGGACAUUAGCCUACGCAGAAAGAAUAUCAAAGUGGAAAUGGACAUGUCUAUCGACAGAAGCAACAAAUACUGCUAAUGGUGAAACUGUUGUGUUGGGUAUUAACUUUUCGGCCGACAUAUAUAAUGACGAUCAAGGUGUAUCAAUGGAGAAUGCGUUAUGGAUUGAUGGUAAAGUAUUUUCCAUCGGGAAAAUAAUUUAUGACUUACCUGAAGAACAAUUUCAAACAACUAAAUAUUGGAACAUUCAUAGCGAUGAUACUAGCGGCAGCAACGACAUAGAUAAUAUUAAUGUUCAGUUAACAUUUGAACCGUUAGGAAAAUAUGAAUGUCUGAGAGACUGUGAUAAUAUCUUGGACAAUAUGAAUCUUGUUGAAAAUCUAAAUGUAUCUACAAAUGACUCACAAAAGUCAAAUUACUUGCUACUCGAAGAAAACAAAGGUUUUAAUUGUACCGAUUGGCCGUGUAUUAUUAAUAUUUUCUUUAAAGUUUCAUUUAAUAUUUCGAAAAUUAGCAUUUCAACCGAUGAUGAUAAUGAUACAUUUCAAAUACAACUGCAAUUUUAUUAUUCAAACGCUUCAUUUAUAACGGAUGAGAACCGAACACUAACAUCAAUUGGCCGCAAUAGUGUAGAUAAUCCAAAUAUCAGUUAUCCGUUAUUGAAUUUUACAGUUUUUGGUAUUCAGUUGCAAUUGCUAAACACAUUGCCGAAUGCUCAACCACCUAGUGGAAUACAAAUAGAAAUUUUAGCAUACUUUAAUUGUUCAACUUAUAAUAGUGAGAAUGCUACGUGUCAAAAUAAUGCUAUAUGCGCUCCUGGACAUAUGAAUUUCUUGUGUUUAUGCUUAACAGAAGAUUACUCUGGGCGAUUUUGUGAGUAUCGCUCGACAAGUUUACAAGUUGCACAGGCUACACGUCGAUCGUUGGGAUAUAUAGCCAUAGUGUCUAUUUGUUUUGUGGUUUUACUUAUUUUAUCGUUGGAUGGUGCCAGAUAUUUAUUUGGUAUCGAUCCGAGUGGUAAUCAGCAACGAGCGAAACAAUUAAGAAAAACGCGUCGUCAACGUGAUGUUCGUGAACGUAAGAAAGAAAAAUCUAACGUUAAAACCGCAAUUCGUUUCGUUUACAUGCACGAAGAAGAAAUUUGA